GUGGAUGAUAUAACUGCUGAUUUGAUUGUCAGCCAACUAUUAUUUUUAGAUGCAGAGGAUCAAACGAAGGAUAUCAAACUAUUUAUAAAUUCGCCUGGUGGUUCUGUCACAUCUGGAAUGGGGAUAUAUGAUGCCAUGAAGUUGUGCAAAGCUGAUGUUUCUACUGUUUGCUUGGGUCUUGCAGCAUCAAUGGGUGCCUUUUUGCUCGCUGCUGGAACUAAAGGAAAGAGAUUUUGUAUGCCAAAUGCUAGAGUUAUGAUACAUCAACCACUUGGAACAGCUGGUGGCAGAACAACAGAUAUGGGCCUACGGAUCAGGGAGAUGAUGUACCACAAAGUUAAGAUUAACAAAAUCUUCUCAAGAAUCACUGGGAAACCCGAGCACCAGAUUGAAAUAGACACAGACAGAGACAAUUUCAUGAAUCCUUGGGAAGCAAAGGAAUAUGGGUUAGUCGAUUCUGUCAUAGAUGAUGGAAAACCAGGCUUGGUUGCACCAAUUGCAGAUUCAACGCCUCCUCCAAAGACUCGUGUGUGGGAUUUGUGGAAGAUAGAAGGUAGUAAAAAGGCCAAGAAGAAUUUGCCAUCAGAACUUAACCUUUCUCAAUAUGGUUACCAAGUUGGCGGUGGAAAUGAGGAUAAAGGCAGAGAGCAGGCGAAAGAGAUGCAGGCACCAGUAUAAAAGAAAUUUUUUUUACUUGACUACUGAGAAAUCAUCGGAGCCUAUAGAAUUAGUAUAAGGCUUCGUUUGGGAGGGCUUUUUUAUUGUUUUUUAAAGCAGUUUUUAAGUAUAAAAUUUUUAAUUUUUGCACUAAAAACUAUUUUAAAAAGCAGUAAGAAAAUCAUCCCAAAUGAAACCUUAAUCUCCAUGGAGAAAGCUGCAGAAUUUUAAAGAGGAAGAUUUGUUUAGCGAUUUAUACAACUGUAGCGCAAAUAUAAGCUGUUUGGGGAAGCUGUUUCAGAAAGAGAUGGAGAAAAUGUGUGAAGGGGUUAAAAUUUUCUCUUGCUGUAUGUUUAAGAAAUUAUAUGCUGUGUGUUUGUAUUUUAGCUAGUUUUUCCGAGCACCUGUAAGCUAAACUGAAAGUAGUGGCAGUGCCAGUUUCAGAAUUUACUAAGAAGCUUCAUUUUUUAUA